UUUGAUAUCAUUCAAAUCCCAUAAUUAGUGUGUUUAAAUAUGUAUUGUUAAUUAAUAGUGUGAAAGCAAAACAAUAAGUCAAAACCUUAAUCCUAAUUUUAUAUUAUAGAGACCCAAAGAAACAACUCACCGUGACUGAUUUCCAUAUGGGUAUAAUUAAUAGUUCACACACACGAUAUUAAUUGGUAUAUUUAUCCUAAUUUUAUGUGUUGUUUUUUAAAGUUGUAAAAAGCUGUGGUCGAAGGAAGCAUAAUAGUCAUGGCCAACCUUGGUGAUAAUGCACCUCCGGGGAGGCUUGAGGGGAGGUAUGCUGCCAUGGUAGUAUGCUGGCUUCUGGGAAAUGGUUGCCUCUUUUCAUGGAACAGUAUGCUAACUAUUGGAGAUUAUUAUGGUUAUUUGUUCCCGCGAUACCACUCUGCAAGAGUACUUACUUUGGUAUACCAGCCAUUUGCGCUUGGAACACUAGCAGUACUCGCCUAUAAUGAGGCAAACCUUAAUACUAGAAGGCGGAACCUGUUGGGAUACAUACUCUUUUUCAUAGCUUCUGCUAUGGUUUUGGUCUUGGAUUUGGCAACAUCAGGGAGAGGGGGGCUUGGGACGUUUAUUGGAAUUUGUGUCGUUAGUGGUGCCUUCGGAGUUGCAGAUGCUCAUGUUCAGGGUGGAAUGGUCGGAGACCUUUCCUUCAUGCAGCCUGAGUUUAUUCAAUCUUUCCUUGCUGGUUUGGCUGCAUCAGGGGCUCUAACCUCUGCCUUGAGGUUAAUUACAAAGGCUGCUUUUGAGAAUUCGAAGAACGGUCUUCGUAAAGGAGCAAUUUUAUUCUUUGUCAUCUCAGCUGCUUUUGAGUUUCUCUGUGUACUUCUCUACGCGUUUGUCUUUCCAAAACUGCCGAUCAUCAAGUAUUACCGCUCAAAGGCAGCCUCCGAAGGAUCUAAAACUGUUUCUGCUGAUCUUGCCGCCGGUGGCAUCCAAACAUUACCCGAAGGAGAUGCAGAAGACCCGAAAAGACUAGAGCGGUUGGGGAACAAGGAAUUGCUACUUCAGAACAUAGAUUAUGCAAUUGAUAUGUUCCUCAUAUAUGUACUGACAUUGUCAAUUUUUCCUGGCUUUUUAUCUGAAGAUACAGGCUCACAUAGUUUGGGUACAUGGUAUGCCCUUGUUUUGAUUGCUAUGUACAAUGUAUGGGAUCUAAUUGGGAGAUACAUUCCACUCAUCAAGUUCCUGAAGUUGGAGUCGAGGAAAGGACUCAUGAUAGCCAUUCUUUCUCGUUUCUUGCUCAUCCCAGCUUUCUAUUUCACUGCUCAAUAUGGUGACCAAGGCUGGAUGAUAAUGCUCACUUCCUUCUUGGGUUUAACAAAUGGUUACCUCACUGUCUGUGUCUUCACUUCUGCUCCUAAAGGUUACAAGGGGCCAGAACAAAAUGCCUUGGGAAAUCUGCUGGUGCUGUUUCUAGUUGGAGGUAUAUUUGCAGGGGUAACACUUGACUGGUUGUGGCUAAUAGGCAAAGGUUGGUGAGGACUGGAUAGCAUGGCCUAAAUCAAAGGCAGGCCCAUUAAGACAGUGGGAGCUUGGAUUCAUUUGUUUUCUUCUAGUUAUUUUCAUUUAUAUAUUUUUUUAAUUCACUCAAAUAUUUCGUGUAGACUUGAAUCCGUGUAAUUUGUACAGUGUUUUUUCUUAAUGGUCAGUUUUCUCAAAGUUCUGAUUUA